AAACCACGUGACCAGUUUGAAGUGGGAGUGUAAAGAUGGUUGCCGCUGUUGUCACCAAGUCAAAUCUGGGUCGAAUGACAAGUUUCUGGUGUUUACGUCCAAUGUUUCAUUUUAAAACCGUCCGUGAAUUAACAUGUUUGUUUGUUGCUGUUUGUGUUUUGAUGAGCCAGUCGUUGGCGGAAGAACAGGAGUUUCUGGAGGAGUUUCUGAAGCGGGAGUACUCUCUGUCAAAGCCUUACCGGGGGCUGGGCUUCUCUAGUUCUUCUCAGUGGGAUCUGAUGGGCACUGCUGUGGUGACACCUGACCAUGUGAGGCUGACCCCAGACCAGCAGAGCAGACAGGGGGCAGUGUGGAGUCGAAUUCCUUUCUUUGUGCGGGAUUGGGAGCUUAAGGUUCACUUUAAAAUCCAUGGCCAGGGGAAGAAGAAUCUGAACGGGGAUGGCAUGGCCAUCUGGUUAACCAGAGACCGCAUGCAGAAUGGUCCUGUGUUCGGCAACAUGAAUCAGUUUGUUGGACUUGGAAUAUUUGUGGACACUUACCCCAACGCUGACAAGAGCCAUGACAGGACAGAAACUGGAUCUCAGAGGGCUUUCCCAUAUGUGUCCGUGAUGCUGGGGAACGGGUCUCUGUCGUAUGACCACGACUAUGAUGGGCGCCACACUGAGCUCGGAGGAUGUACGGCCAUGACGCGCAACGCAAUCUACGACACGUUUCUCAUGGUCAGAUACUCCAAAAACAGACUCACGCUCCUGGUGGAUGUCGAUGGUAAGCAGGAAUGGAAAGACUGUGCUGACAUCACAGGACUUCGGCUACCGACAGGCUACUUCCUCGGUGCCUCCUCUGCUACUGGAGACCUGUCAGAUAACCAUGACAUUAUCUCCAUGAAGUUGUACCAGCUGACAGUAGAGCGGAGUCCUGAGGAGGAGGAAGAGGAAGAAGAGGAGGUCACCAUCCCCAGAGUUGACAACAUGGAACAGUUUGAAGUGGAAGUCCAGGAGGAAGGGAUGGGCGGAGUCCAGUUCUUCUUCACGGUCCUCUUCUCCGUCCUGGGCCUGGGCGUGCUGGCAGUGGUAGGGCUGGUUGUUUAUGGCCGCUGGAAGGAAAACAGGCGCAAACGUUUCUAUUGAUCAGAGAACAACCGUUCCAGAUAUUGUUUUCUUAAUCAACAUAUAUCACAACAAUGCAAAGACUCCCAUAGCUUUACUGAACAAUCCAAUCAAAUGAGCUGAAUGAACAACAUCAUGGGUGCCACGCCCAGAUCCAAGAGAAACUAAAAAUGUGAAGAGAUGAAUGAAUGGCUGAGCCGGCUGUGAAAAGAGAAAAAAGAUAAAGCUGCUUUCAUGGAAUUUCUUCUGUUAAAAUAAGCUCAUCUCAACUGAAAGCACAGAGGGUCUGCACUAACCGAUACACUAGGUGUAAAAUAUUUGUGUUUCUGGUCUCACUUCUUUACUGCCGGGAAGAGACGAACAUUAACCUUAAAUCAACUCCAAAAUCAUAGAUGCUGUGUGUAGAUAACUGACAUGUUUUAGGAUUUUAUGGAACUACCGACGUGUGUGUAGUUCCCUCUUACUGCCACUGGGUGCUGCCAGCGAGCAGCUGUCAUGUGAGGUGGAGAAGCUGUGAAGACCGAUCAACCUGUGGAUCAUCGUAGACUUCGUCUUUCUGCACUGAAACAGUCACACUGGACUGAGCUGCCAUGUAUGUAACGAGCCAGGGGAACGUUUCUAUCAGGUUAAAUGGGUUUAUGUUAGUCGUUUGUCAAUGUUUGGUCAAUGAAACAUGGUAUGUUCUACGUUAAAGGAAGCAGUGUUUGAAGUGCCCAGCUAGGACCAAUAAAGACAAGCUCUUCUUUAGUCCUUCUCAGUCUGAGCUCCUCUUGUAUUCUCUGUUUGACAUCACAACUUAUUACAGUGUUAUACUGGUGGAAAUGUUUAUCCCAACUCUCCUUAUCACCAAAUAUGGUCUAUUCUGCCCUACAAAGACGAACUGCAGUAACUACAUUUUUGGUCAAAAUUGAGUUAUAACUAAAAAUGAACUCCUUGAUGUUUGUUUUAUCUUGUGACAAAGUUUUAGAUUUCAUUUUUUCUUUUUUUCAGAGAAAUAAUUAUAUAACCUGUAGGUAACCUGUGAGCGAGCAGCGUUAUGUUGGAGCUGACAACCGCAAACAUU